UUCCCCCCGGAGCUCCGGGCUGCGUUUGGGGUGACCCCUCUUAAGGGCUCUCCCUUCUUCUGGACUGGGAACCGGGUGGUUUGUGCACCGAAUAACUGCGGGGCGACACGCUGAGCUGCUCCUCCGACGGUUCCCCUGCCGCUUCCCUCCCCGUUCCCUACUCGGGGGGGAGCGGGGCGGACCGUGGGGCGGAGCGGCGGGCCCAGCCGGGUUGGGCUGGGCUUAGCUGGGCUGGUCAUGCUGCCGCGGGUGCGCGCCGCCGUGGCGCAGCUGGUGGCGGGGCUGGGAGCGGGGGCGGGCGGGCAGCCCCCCGCGGAGCCCCGGGACGGCGGGGACGGGGGGUCGCCGGUGGGGGCUUCCUUCUGCCGGCCGGCCUUCCUCCAGCUCACCCCCGACGAGCUCCGCCGCGCCGACGACCAGGCGGGCCGGGCGGUGCAGAGCCCCCGCGACGGCCGCCGCCGCUUGCCCUGGAGCACCGGCUACGCCGAGGUGAUAAAUGCGGGGAAGAGCCAGCACAAUGAGGAUCAGGCGUGCUGCGAGGUGGUGUUUGUGGAGAGGAGACCCAGCCCGAGGGGCCGGCUGCCGUCCAAGGAAGGCAGCGGGGAGCUGAAUGGGGACAGGAAGGGUUUUUAUUUCCACUACUGGGCCUUGUUUGAUGGCCACGCGGGCAGCGGCGCUGCUGUCAUGGCAUCCAAGAGGCUCCAUCUGCACAUCUGUGAGCAGCUCCGGGACCUCGUGGAUGUCCUGCAAGACCCCUCCCCACCUCCCAUCUGCCUCCCGCACAACACGGAGCCGAGCCGGGUGUCCCUUGCAGAGUAUGACGGGGAGGUCCCCAAUGAUGCUGCGCCACGGUUUCACCUGGAGAAAGCAGUUUCUCACGAGAGCCUGGUGAUUGGUGCCAUUGAGAAUGCCUUUAAGAACAUGGAUGACCAGAUCGAGCGGGAGCGGGUGUCCCAGCGCCUGGCUGGGGGCUGCUGUGCCCUGGCUGCCAUCUACCUCAUGGGCAAGUUCUACGUGGCCAACGCCGGUGACAGCAGGGCCAUUAUCAUCCGUAACGGGGAAAUCAUUCCAAUGUCCAGGGAGUUUACUCCAGAGACAGAGAGGCAGAGGCUGCAGUUUUUAGCGUUCCUGAAACCCGAGCUGCUGGGGAAGGAGUUCACCCACCUCGAGUUCCCCCGCAGGAUCCAGCCCAAGGAGCUGGGGAAGAAGAUGCUGUACAGAGACCAAAACAUGAAUGGCUGGGCUUACAAAAAGAUAGAAGAGGAUGACCUGAAGUUUCCACUUAUCUAUGGGGAAGGCAAAAAGGCUCGGGUGAUGGCCACGAUUGGGGUCACACGGGGCCUGGGAGACCAUGACCUCAAGGUGUUCAGCUCCAACAUCCACAUCAAGCCUUUCCUGUCCUGUUUCCCCGAGGUGAGGGUUUAUGACCUCACGCAGUACGAGCACUGCCCUGAUGAUGUUCUGGUCUUGGGGACCGAUGGGCUCUGGGAUGUCACCAAUGACAAGGAGGUGGCUGGUGCGGUGAUGGAGGUGCUGACAAGCUACGAGCCCAACGACCCAUGCAGGUACACCAUGGUGGCCCAGGAGCUGGUGAUGCGGUCCAGAGGGGUGCUGAAGGAGCGGGGCUGGCGACUGGCCAAUGACAAGCUGGGCUCUGGCGACGACAUUUCUGUCUUUGUGAUCCCUCUGGGUGGCCCAGGCAACUACACGUGAUGCCCAAAGACCCCAGGGCGGAGGGGCUCACCUUGCCUGGAUGGAGAGGAGCAGGACGCCGCUGCUGCCCUGGGGCCACCUCUCCUGUGAGCACUUGCUUCCUGAAAUGACUGUGAGAAGAGUAAGAAACCUGGAGCCUCUGUGCCCCUGCCUGGACCAUCCAUCUCUACCCGCUGCAUCCCAGCCCUGGGUGGAGAUGGAAAGGCAUCGACCAGAGAGCAGGGACUGAGUUUGAAGGGUGUUUUUUUUAUGCUGCCACAUUUUUCAUUGCUGUGAAAAGCCCCAAAUCUUUCCUGGCUUCUCGGUGUGUCCUUUGCACCUCAUCCCAGGCUUGGGUGUGCUGGUCCCAAGGAUGUGUGAUGGCCGUUGUGCUGGUGGGACACUGGCACCUGGAGAAAUGUGUCCUUUCUGCUGCAGUCAUCUCCCCCUGCCCUGUGACACUUGCACCAGUGACACUGGCCCCUCACACCUUGGUCCCAGCUGUGUACCUUGUUUUAGUCUGUGGUUUGGGGCAGCACUUGGUCACUGUGCACACCGAGAGCCCCUGGGCAGGAAUGAGCUAUUGCACUGGCUGUGCUACAGGUUCUUCCCCCACCCCUCUUCAUGCCUUGGAUCACUGCUGUGUUUCUGGAGCCAAUUAUUUAUUAUUAAGUGGAGAGCUGAGCUGGAAAAAUGUCUAAAUCCUUCCUUGGUGUGGGGAAUCUGUAUGAAUAUGUGUCUAUAUUUUUGAGCGGUUCUAAGUUGGCCACUGCCAAGCAGCAGUUGCACACAGAGCAGCCCUAUUCAGCCCAGCUUAACAGCUUAAAUGUGCUGCAUGGAUCUGCUUAGCUGAGGGCUGGAAACUCAGAAUAAAAGCAGCUUGGUUGUGACUGGGAGGGGUGGACAACUCUGUCCUUUUUCUUAAUACAGCUGGUGCUGAGCAGAGCUGUAGCAGCAGUUGAUGUCUGCACAGGAUCUUAUUUUGCAUCACACAUACCUCUGACCUGGAGGAUGCGUUUCCUGGACCUCUGCAGAGUGUUGAGCACUCCAAAAACAUGUAGGAUGGUCCCAUCCUGGCAGUGGGGUGGUGGGAAUUGCUGGGCUGUGGUCCCUUGUUUUGGAAAAGCUCUGUGGCACCCGCAGUUUGUGUCCUGUUGUCAGUGGGUGCAGCCAGCUCUUGUCAAGUGUCACCUCUGGUGAAUGUUGUUUGUCUCUUGUAAUCAGUGAGAUGUAAAUAAACUGGGUGUGUUUAAUGAGAAGUGAAAGUUAUCCAGCAAGAUUUUAACCUAUUGACAUCUGUGCUGAAGAGAACAGGGAGUGACACUGGGGCCAGGAGCCUGUCCUUGCAUAGCACAGUGUGUUUGAAUAAAGGUUUUGCCACUCGUG